UCUGGGGGUGACGCGGCAACGGCAGCGUUGGGACAGAGCUCUCCAGACGCCGGGGCCACGCCAGAGACCCCCAGGACCCCCGAGCUCCCCCUCACCCCCCACUAUGGCCAAGAGCCUCGUGGUGGCCCUGGGGCUGUGGGCACUUGGGGGGCUCCUGGGGCUGCACCACGUGUACCUGGGCCGUGACCGCCACGCUCUGCUCUGGAUCCUCACCCUGGGGGGCUUCGGCGCCGGGUGGCUCUGGGACGUGUGGCACCUCCCGGGCUGGGUGGCAACUGCCAACGGCCCCCCCCGGCUCCCCGAAAGUGGGACUGUGCCCAUCCUUAGCCCCCUGCGCGUGGCAGGGCAGCUGCUGGUGGGGGCAUAUUUCGGGCUGGUGGCCGCGCUUGGGGUCCCCUGGGUGCCCCCUCCGCUGGCCGUGGCGCUGGGGGUGCUGCUGGUGGCCUCGGUGGGCGACCAAGGAACCAACCGCUCCCGCGUCCUGGUCACCGCCUUCCUCUCCUCCCUCCUCUUCCAGGGCGGGCUGUUGCCCACCAGCCUGGCGACCACCGCGGUGGCCGCGUGGCACCGCCGGUUCGAACCCCCACGGGACCCCCCGCCCCCGCUGUCGGCCCGGCUGUGCCACCUGGGGCUGGGGGUCGUGGCUUUCGGGGCCCCCCUGGCCUGGGGGGGCGUCAGAGGGGCCCUGGGGGUCGCAGGCACCGUCCUGACGCUACCUCUCAGGAUGGGGGUCCUGCCCCUCCGCGCGGGGUGGGCGCUGCUCGAGGGGCUGGGGGUCGUCGAGGGGGCCCCCGAGGUGGGUCAAGGGGGCACGGGGAGCGGAGCGAACGAGAGGAGGCGGCGGGCGCUGGAGGUUCUGGGGCUGCACGGGGGGUGCUCGGCCGAGGACGUUCAGCGGAGCUACCGGGAGCUCGUCAAGCUCUGGCACCCGGACCACAACCGGCACCGCGUGCGUGAGGCCGAGCGGCGCUUCAUCGAGCUGCAGGAGGCCUACGAGGAGCUGGCGGGACCACGGCGGGCGGCGGGGGGGUGACACUGUGACAAACACGACCCUCCCCGUCCUCUCA